CGCCAGCAAGCACCAACCGUCCAACCCCCAUCACCACCCGCCCGCAGUCUAUUCACCACCGCAGCGCCAUCUGCUCGCCCGGCCGCUCCAGCGUUCCCACUCGGCUACUCCCCACCCCACCUCUCUCUCUCUCUGCUCGCCACGCGCCACAUGGCUCCCGCGUUCACUAGCCUCCUCCCCGCCGCGACCUCCGCCGCCGCCGCGACCGCCUCGCGGCUCCCCUCUGCCGCCGCCGGAGCGGCAUCCACCUUCGCGCGUCUCCCGCAUCACCCGACGGGCUGGGCUGGGGCCUCCGUCGCGGCGCCGCGUACGGCGGCGGCGCGCAGGCGGGCGCCCGGCGUCGCCUACGCCACCGCCGCCACCGACAAGAGCAUCUACGACUACACCGUUAAGGACAUUGAUGGAAAAGAUGUUCCUCUUAAAAAGUUCAAGAAUAAGGUGUUGCUGAUUGUUAACGUUGCUUCUCAAUGUGGGUUGACAACAGCAAAUUACACUGAACUAUCCCAUAUCUAUGAGAAGUACAAGACUCAAGGGUUUGAGAUUCUGGCAUUUCCUUGCAAUCAAUUUGGUGCACAAGAACCUGGAUCAAAUACUCAGAUUAAGCAGUUUGCAUGUACAAGAUUCAAAGCUGAAUUUCCUAUUUUUGACAAGGUUGAUGUCAAUGGACCUAAUACAGCCCCCAUCUAUAAAUUUCUGAAGUCCAGUGCUGGAGGAUUUUUAGGUGAUCUAGUCAAGUGGAAUUUUGAGAAGUUCUUAGUGGACAAGAAUGGCAAAGUUAUUGAGAGAUAUCCACCAACAACUUCACCAUUCCAGAUUGAGAAGGACAUCCAGAAACUCCUUGCGGCAUAAGUACUUCCAAGUCUUUCAGUUGAGUAUCUGUAUGACUGUAUAUAGGCCUCGUCUAGAAGCUAGAGUAUUACGUAAUUAUAUAUAUUUUCUGUAUUGUAAUUCUUUCUUGUAAAAUAAUUCACUCAUUAUCUAUACGUGGUUAUAGAUGUAACAUGACACUAUAUUAUUAGAUUUUUUUUUUAAA